AGCGCCGCGCCGGGCAUGGUGUGCGGGCGGCGGGGCUGCUCCGCCGGCCCCCCCCCGCCCCGCGCCAUGGAGCUGGAGAACAUCGUGGCCAACACCGUCCUGCUGAAGGCCCGCGAAGGAGGUGGCGGCAAGCGGAAAGGCAGGAGCAAGAAGUGGAGGGAGAUCCUCCGAUUCCCGCACAUCAGCCAGUGCGAUGAGCUGCGAAAGGGCCUGGAGCAGGACUACGGCAGCCUGUGCCAGAAGCAGCCCAUCGGCCGCCUGCUUUUCCGGCAGUUCUGCGAGACGCGGCCGGAGCUCCUGCGCUGUAUCCGCUUCCUGGACGCCGUGGCGGACUACGAGCUCUCCCCGGAUGAGAAGCGGAAAGAGAUGGGGGAAGAGAUCAUCCGCCGGUUCCUCAAGCAGGAGUCCCCGGAUUUCCUGCCCGAGGUCGGCCAGCCCCACGCCAGCCGGUGCCUGCAGGACCUGCAGAAGAGCCCCUGCAAGGACCUCUUCAGCAGCUGCCUGCGCCCCCUGCAUGAGUACCUGAGCGGGGACCCCUUCGACGACUACCGGGACAGCAUGUAUUUUGACCGGUUCCUGCAGUGGAAGUACCUGGAGAGGCAGUCGGUCACCAAGGACACGUUUCGGCAGUACCGGAUCCUGGGCAAGGGUGGUUUCGGAGAGGUGUGCGCCUGCCAAGUUCGGGCCACGGGGAAGAUGUAUGCCUGCAAGAAGCUGGAGAAGAAGCGGAUCAAGAAGCGGAAAGGGGAGGCGAUGGCCCUGAACGAGAAGCAGAUCCUGGAGAAAGUCAACAGCCGGUUCGUGGUGAGCCUGGCGUACGCCUACGAGACGAAGGACGCGCUCUGCCUGGUGCUGACCAUCAUGAAUGGCGGCGACCUCAAGUUCCACAUCUACAACAUGGGCAACCCUGGCUUCGAGGACGAGCGUGUGGUUUUCUACGCGGCGGAGAUCUGCUGUGGGCUCCAGCACCUGCACCAGGAGGGCAUCGUCUACCGGGAUCUGAAGCCGGAGAACAUCCUGCUGGAUGAUGAUGGUCACAUCAGGAUCUCCGACCUGGGGCUGGCUAUCAAGAUCCCUGAGGGCGAGACCAUCCGUGGCCGCGUGGGCACCGUCGGCUACAUGGCCCCGGAGGUGAUCAACAACGAGCGCUACGCCUUCAGCCCCGACUGGUGGGGUCUGGGCUGCCUGGUGUACGAGAUGAUCGAGGGGCAGUCGCCCUUCCGUGCCCGCAAGGAGCGGGUGAAGCGGGAGGAGGUGGAGAAGCGGGUGCAGGAGGACCAGGAGCUGUACUCGGACAAAUUCAGCGAGGAUGCUCAGGCCAUCUGCAAGCUGCUCCUGGCCAAGGACCCCAAGCAGCGGUUGGGCUGCGGGGCCGACGGGGCGGCCGAGGUGAAGCGGCAUCCCUUCUUCAGGACCAUCAACUUCAAGCGCCUGGAGGCCGGCAUCAUGACGCCCUCCUUCGUGCCAGACCCCCGGGCGGUUUAUUGCAAGGAUGUGCUGGACAUCGAGCAGUUCUCGACGGUGAAGGGCGUCAACCUGGACCAGACCGACAAUGAUUUCUACGCCAAGUUUGCCACCGGCAGCGUCUCCAUCCCCUGGCAGAAUGAGCGGGACCCGCUCCCCCGACCUGGACUGGAGGCAGCUGCCCGAGCCCCCCAAGCGCAGCCUUCUGCAGAGGCUUUUCCGACGCCACCCAGCCGACUACACCAUCGGCACCACCAUCCACCCCUCCUACCCGGCCGCUGUGAACUCGCACCCUCCCGCGGCCAACUCCGCCUGCCGAGCCACGGCACCGGCACCGUCCUGACCCCUUUUGCCAUCCCGGGGGAGCCUCCGGGGCCAGGCAGCCCCCAGCCCCCCCCCCAGGCCCUCUCAGGGUUAUCUCGGACCAGCGCUGGGGCCGGGAUCUCCGGGGAUGCUCGUAGAGGCGAGGCGGGAUGCUGGCGCAGAUGGAUGCGGCUGUGGGCAUGGGCAGGGGGUGAUGGAGGGGCAACGGGGCAGGAGCAGAAUCUGCCCGACCCCAACCCUGGCAGCUUCCCGGCCCCCUUUCCCCCAGCCCUGCAGCGCAUCCAGCCUGUUCUUGGGGGCUCCCGCUGCAGGAAGCCCCCCCCCAGCCACUGCCAGGGGAAGGGGCCAGAGCAGGGACCUAUUUUUGCUGCGUUUGAGCCCGUUAUCUUAUCGCUGGCUCAGUGCCUGACUUCUGCGGGCACGGGGGGGCUGCGAGUUUAUCUGUGCUCUCCAAAUAGAAACAAAGGCAGCCUUGGAGUGGGGGGGACACCCCCCGGCUCCCCCCGGCCAUGCCACAGGAGGGAUGGGGUCGCCCCGACAGAGCCCCCCCCUCUUUGGGGGAAACACAGCCUCCCCCCUCCUGCUCCGGCCAUCACAAUGUGUGAAACGGGCUCAGAGAAGGGAGUUUUCUCGAAUGUGGCUGAACUGGGGGUGGGCGCGGGGUCGGGGGCUCCUUCCAUCCUCACGGGACAGCUCAGGGCAGCCUCGGGGUGCCCCAGCCUUGCGCAGGGCUGGUGGGGUGCACAAGGGCACAGCACCCAUGGGGCUGGGCGUGCGAGGAGCAGCGAGCACGUGUGGGUGUGCGAGGGGCAGGCGGUGCACGUGGGGUAGAGUGUGCAAGGGACAGCGCGUGUGGACGUGCGAGGUGGGCUGGGGGGGCUGUGCUGCGGGUGAGUGGGUGCUGCGGGCGCCCAGGCUCCCCGGCUUUUGGGUCCCGGUGAAUCUCUGCCUCCGGCGCCUUUGGUUUACAUUCGAUCCGGUUUUGUACAUUUGUAAACAGUUGUAAAUAUUUGUACGUUGAGCGCCUGGAUGUACAUUUUUAAGCAAAAAGCUGCAAACGGAGCCGUGUGGCGA